GGCGUGUCGCGGGAUAGUGACGUUCUACGGCAAGCAUGGCGGACAGGAAGCGGCGAGCCAGGAGAAGCAGCAGCAGUAGUAGUACUAGUAGUAGCAGCAGCUCUAGCUCCAGGUCUAGUAGGGAGGACGAGAAGCGGGUGAAGCGGGAGAAGCAGGAGAAGCCGGAGAAGCCGCAGAAAAGAGAGGAGGAGGAAGACGAUGGCGGCUGGGUGGGACCGCUUCCAGCUGAGGCAACUCAGAGCAAGAAGCGGAAAGUUCUGGAGUUUGAGAGAGUUUACCUGGACAACCUCCCCAGCGCUUCAAUGUACGAGCGCAGCUACAUGCACCGCGACGUCAUCUCCCACAUCGUAUGCACCAAGACGGACUUUGUUAUAACUGCUAGCCACGAUGGGCAUGUCAAGUUCUGGAAGAAAGUGGAAGAAGGAAUUGAAUUUGUGAAACAUUUCCGCAGUCAUUUGGGCGUGAUAGAGAGCAUUGCGGCCAGCUCCGAAGGCUCACUUCUCUGCACUGUUGGAGAUGACCAAGCGAUGAAAGUCUUUGAUGUCGUCAACUUUGAUAUGAUCAACAUGCUGAAGCUUGGCUAUCAUCCUGGUCAGUCGGAAUGGAUCUACUGUCCUGGGGACGCAAUCUCGGCAGUGGCCUGUUCUGAGAAGAGCACAGGGAAGAUUUUUGUGUAUGACGGUCGUGGAGAUAAUAAACCAAUGCACGUUUUUGUUAAGCUGCACUCUUCACCUUUAACUGCGAUCCGGCUGAACCCCGUGUACAAAGCGGUGGUGUCGUCAGACAAGAACGGGAUGAUUGAGUACUGGACUGGGCCUCCCCGUGGUUACAAAUUCCCCAAUAACGUGCAUUGGGAAUUCAAAACAGACACAGACCUCUAUGAGUUUGCCAAGUGUAAAACGUGUCUCACAGGCAUUAAUUUUUCCCCGGAGGGUAAAAAAAUGGCGACUAUUGGAGCCGAUAGGAAAGUUAGGAUCUUCCGUUUUUUAACUGGGAAACUGAUGAGAGUCUUUGAUGAGUCACUAAGUAUGUUCACAGAGUUACAGCAGAUGAGGCAGCAGCUUCCAGACAUGGAGUUUGGGAGACGCAUGGCCGUGGAGCGCGAGCUGGAGAAGGUGGAUGCCCUUAAACUAAUAAACAUCAUUUUCGAUGAGACCGGCCACUUUGUGUUGUAUGGGACUAUGCUCGGCAUCAAAGUUAUUAAUGUAGAAACAAAUAGGUGUGUGCGUUUCCUGGGCAAGCAGGAAAACAUCAGGGCAAUGCAGCUGGCUUUGUUCCAAGGUGUGCCCAAAAAGCACCGCGCUGCCUCCACAGUGGAGAUGAAGGCAUCAGAUAACCCCGUCCUCAUGAGCGCCCAUCCUGACCCCACCAUCGUGUGCACCUCCUUCAAGAAGAAUCGUUUUUACAUGUUUACCAAACGUGAACCAGAAGACACAAAGAGUGCAGACUCUGACAGAGAUAUCUUCAACGAGAAACCAUCUAAAGAAGAAGUGAUGGCAGCCACCCAGGCCGAAGGACCGAAACGCGUUUCUGACAGCGCCAUCAUCCACACCAGUAUGGGUGAUAUACACGUUAAGCUCUUUCCUGUUGAAUGUCCUAAGACAGUGGAGAACUUUUGUGUGCACAGCCGUAAUGCAUAUUACAACAGCCACGUAUUUCACCGAAUCAUAAAGGGGUUUAUGAUUCAAACUGGAGACCCUACGGGGACAGGAAUGGGUGGAGAAAGUAUCUGGGGUGGAGAGUUUGAGGAUGAAUUCCAUGCCACACUAAGGCAUGACCGCCCCUACACACUCAGUAUGGCAAAUGCUGGUGCCGGUACCAACGGCUCCCAGUUCUUCAUAACUGUAGUACCAACUCCUUGGCUAGACAACAAGCACACCGUAUUUGGGCGGGUGACCAAAGGAAUGGAAGUAGUCCAGAGGAUCUCCAACAGCAAGGUUAACCCUAAGACAGAUAAGCCCUAUGAAGAUAUUACCAUUAUUAGCAUCACUGUUAAAUAGAAUGUCUUUUAUACCAGUUGUACAAACAUUUCCGAUUGUCUUUUUAUAAAAUAAAAAAAAACUUAAUAAAAUGU